ACUCCGCAUCCGUGGCUUUCAAAUCCUUGCAUUUGCCACUGAUUGCGAGCCUCGCUCGCCCCUACUGCCCCUACCGCCAGCUGUUUCGUCGAACCGAAAACCCUCUGGAUUUUUCUUCUCUCUCUCUUUUUUUUUUCAAUAUUAUAUUCAUCUGUCUCUAGCUCGCCCACACUCAACACUGAACACUGUCCACAAAAUCGUCUCUUCUUCAGCUCUUCAAUACCAUUGCAAUAACCUAAAUCAUUAAGACGAUCUACGCCUUUCUAUUUUUCCUCGUGCUAUUAUGUAACUUUUAGCUGCUAUAUUAAUCAGGAUUUUCUUACGAAUUGGCCUUGGAUUCGGGGUAUGAUGAGCUUUUUGUGAUUUGAUGGCGUUGCUGGAGUGACUGAGAGGUUGUUCUAUAUAUCGCAAUCUCGUCAUCACUAUCAUUUCAUCGUCGGCCAUGGAAAACCAGAGUGAUUCUGAAACAAGUCCAUUUUUGAGCUUGUCUGCAGCCUUGUCAUAUGGGGUUGCUUCGAUGGCGAUGGUUUUUAUCAAUAAGGCCAUACUUAUGCAGUAUGCACACUCAAUGACCCUCCUCACUUUGCAGCAAUUGGCAACCACUUUGCUUAUACACAUUGGUCGAAGAAUGGGACACACAAAAGCCAAAUCAGUAGAUAUAUUGACAGCUAGGAAGCUUCUACCAAUUUCACUAUUUUACAAUGCUAAUGUGGCAUUUGCAUUGGCAAGUUUAAAAGGAGUUAAUAUUCCAAUGUAUAUUGCGAUAAAAAGACUCACACCACUUGCUGUACUGAUCGCCGGAUUCUUUUCAGGAAAAGGGAGACCUACAACACAGGUGACUCUUUCUGUUAUAUUGACAGCUGCUGGAGUUAUCAUCGCUGCUCUAGGAGAUUUUUCCUUUGACCUUUUUGGAUACAGCAUGGCCCUUACUUCUGUUUUUUUCCAGACCAUGUACUUAGUCUUGGUAGAGAAGUCUGGUGCAGAGGAUGGGCUUUCUUCGGUUGAAAUCAUGUUUUACAACAGCAUGUUGUCCCUUCCAUUUUUGCUGUUUCUCAUCAUAGCUACAGGAGAGUUUCCAAAUUCUUUAUCGCUAUUAUUUGCAAAGAGUAAUUCUUUAUACUUUUUGGCGAUCCUGAUUCUUUCAUUGGUAAUGGGCAUUGCCCUCAACUUCACCAUGUUCUUAUGUACCAUAGUCAACUCUGCUUUAACAACAACAAUAGUUGGUGUUCUUAAAGGGGUUGGCUCCACGACCCUUGGUUUUGUGUUACUGGGUGGUGUUCAAGUUCAUGCUUUGAAUAUAACUGGAUUGGUUAUCAACUCAGCCGGUGGUGUGUGGUACUCGUAUGCCAAAUAUCAACAAAAGAAGAACAAGACACUGAAUGUAGUAUCGGAUGUUGAAGCAGCUCAUCGUAAAUAAAAGGCACGUGGACGCAUAGGAGGCAAGAAGGGCUUCGUAGUGCACACAAGGUGUACCAGCAGGUUGGGCUGUCAAGCGCUGGUAUAUUUCUAUAAGUCUAGGGAGUCCUUAAGGGAGAUUACUAGAUCUCAUAAUCUAACAAUCUCCCCCAGAGACACUUGAGGGACUCGAACCUGCAACCUCUUCUUUAUAUCACUUGUUAGGAUCAAGCGUUUAUCAUUAAGCCAAAAGCAAGUGUUGUUAGCAUAGGCGGAACUUUAUUUUUUUAUACACUUUGGUAGUGUAGAGCCCCACAUCUAUAUAUAUGUGCUGCAGGUGAGCAUGACAGGUUAGGCUGUCAAACAUCAAUAUACUCCCAUAAGUCUAA